UAGAGUUCUGUUCCAGUAAAACUCAUAGUAUUAUAUAGCAGAACCAAAUCUAUACAAACACCAAAACCUGUUAAAAACCCCACCUCACAAGCUCUCUUCAAUGGCGGAUGACAUUGGGGAAGUGAGUUCUUCCCAGAAGAAGAGAAAGCGUAAAACUCUCAGCAAUCGUCCCAAGCUUCUGGUUGAUGACAAAGUUGAAGUGAGAAGUAUUAAAGACAAGCUGGGCGGGUCAUGGCGCUCUGGAAUUGUGAUUACCCGUGAAAAUCAGGCUCGUAGAGUCCAAUACGACCAUCUUUUCUACGACAAUAGUAUACAACCUCACAUUGAAUCCAUAAAAGUUCAUCCUAUCGUUGAUGGUAUCAUUCCGGCCAGCAGGGUAAUACCGUGUAACCAUCGCGGUUUGAUAAGGCCAUUGCCACCUCCAGUUGAUUUCACAAAAUGUUCUCUCCAAUAUGGAUAUUGUGUGGAUGUCUAUCACACGAAGGCGUGGUGGGAGGGUGUGAUUUUUGACCAUGAACACGGUUCUGAGUGUCGAACAAUUUUCUUUCCAGAUGUGGAUCUUAAAAUUCAAUUCAAGUUUGACAUGUUACGGAUUACUCAAGAUUGGGAUGAAUUUACUGAAGACUGGAAGAUUCGUGGGAAGUGGUUAUUUCUCGAGUUGGUUGAAGAAUUUGAGCAAGAAUGGCCGGUUAGAAUUUCAGUGAAGCAAAUAUGGCACCAAGUGCGCGAAAAGAAGGGUUUUCAGAAGCUUAUGGAGUGGACUUCUACCCUUAGGAGUACAUGGAAAAUUUUGGUGUGGGAAGUUAUUUUCGAUAAUUGCAAGCGUACUCUAAAUCAAAUUUUGUUGGAUGCUAUGUCGAGGCCUGAAGCUGGUUCAGGUAACUCUCCUUCUGUCAUUUUAGUUGAAAAUGAUGGCUCAGAUUCUAGGUUGUUGUCUACUGGUAAUGCUAAUAAUAACUUCAUAUCCAUUACGGAGGAUGACAAGUUGGGUACGAAUCUCUCAACUAACUCGCUCACACCUUUUAACAAAGAUGAACUUUUUAAAUCACCAGUUGGAGCGAAUAAAAGUAGUAGUUGUGUGCCUAGUGGCAAUGACAUUGUCCCUAGAACCGAGUUUGGGCCUGAUGAAGUUGACAAAAGAGUUUCAGUUGCUGUUUCAGAUGGUCCAUUCGUGUCUCCUCUGCUCGCUCAACAACCAAACACGUGCCUGGAAGUGUCUGUGAUACGGCCUCCUGAUGACAGAGUUGUCAAAUGUGAAUCUGAAUAUUGCCCACAAGCCAUGGUUGAUUACUAUUUGCUUGGAUCAGUGGAAAAGAAUGAUAAUUGGAAGUGUUAUAAGGGCGCCAAAGUUAAGGAGCUGCAAUUUAAGGCGAAGAAGCAUCUCACUGCUGUCGGGUGGUCGUUCUGGUACAUCUCAAAGGGACAGAAUCGGGAAUUACGGUACACUUCGCCAAAGGGACGGUCCUAUAAUUCGCUUCGGACGGCAUGCAAAGGGUAUUUAGAUGAAGAAGGAAUCUUAUUUUAAGUGUAAGUCCACAAACAGGUUAGCUUGAUCACUUGAAUAUUUUGAAAUUUUAGCUCCCAUAUUUUUAUAUAGGUAGUUUAUAUUUGGAUUAUCACUUAUAAGCAUUCAAAAAGAUUGCUAAAUAUUCAUGAAUCUACCUUAUAAAAUA